CGCAGCGCGGGCCGGUGGGAGGGAGGGAGGGCGGGCGAGAGGAGAGGACCCAUCACCCGGCACGGGACAGGCCGGACAGAGGGCCCGCCGCAGAAGGCAGAGCUGCCGAGAUCUCAGUCACAGAAAGAGCGACUUCUUCAGGCCCCGCGGGGCCGCGCUCCGGACACCCUCCACUGCGCGCCCGCUCCCUCCAUCCACCUGCCGCCCGGGGUCUGGCCGUCGAAGCGCGCAUCCCCAGGCUUGGGUCAGUUCCCAGCCUUCGAGGGCGCCGCCGCCUCCAUCUCCUCCUCUGUAGCGGCCGCAGACGCAGACGCCCGGGCGGGACCCCGGCGUGAGCACCAGGCGCCCCCCUAGGAGUGCACGACUCCCGGAGCCGCCCUCGAUACGGACCGCGCCCGCCGGGCACACAAGAAUGGUCACUCAGAUACUGGGGGCUAUGGAGUCUCAGGUUGGGGGGGGGCCGGCCGGCCCGGCCCUGCCCAACGGGCCACUCCUUGGGACAAAUGGAGCCACUGACGACAGCAAGACCAACCUCAUCGUCAACUACCUACCCCAGAACAUGACCCAGGACGAGUUCAAGAGUCUCUUCGGCAGCAUCGGGGACAUUGAAUCCUGCAAGUUGGUUCGGGAUAAGAUCACAGGGCAGAGCCUGGGCUAUGGGUUUGUGAACUACUCUGACCCCAGUGAUGCAGACAAAGCCAUCAAUACCCUCAAUGGCCUCAAACUGCAGACGAAGACCAUCAAGGUGUCCUAUGCACGUCCCAGUUCUGCCUCUAUCCGGGAUGCCAACCUGUACGUCAGUGGCCUCCCCAAGACCAUGAGCCAGAAGGAGAUGGAGCAGCUCUUCUCCCAGUACGGCCGGAUCAUCACUUCAAGAAUCCUGCUGGACCAGGCCACAGGUGUCUCUCGGGGUGUGGGAUUCAUCCGCUUUGACAAGAGGAUCGAGGCAGAGGAGGCCAUCAAGGGACUGAAUGGGCAGAAACCACUGGGUGCUGCUGAGCCCAUCACGGUCAAGUUCGCAAACAACCCAAGUCAGAAGACAGGGCAGGCCCUGCUCACCCACCUGUACCAGUCCUCUGCCAGGCGCUACGCUGGCCCCCUGCAUCAUCAGACACAGCGCUUCCGGCUGGACAAUUUGCUCAACAUGGCCUACGGAGUCAAGAGUCCCCUGUCGCUCAUCGCCAGGUUCUCCCCAAUCGCCAUCGAUGGCAUGAGUGGCCUGGCAGGCGUGGGCUUGUCCGGAGGCGCUGCAGGCGCUGGCUGGUGCAUCUUCGUGUACAACCUGUCCCCAGAAGCUGAUGAGAGCGUGCUGUGGCAGCUUUUCGGACCCUUUGGGGCGGUCACCAAUGUCAAGGUCAUCCGAGAUUUCACCACCAACAAGUGCAAGGGUUUCGGCUUCGUCACCAUGACCAACUACGACGAGGCCGCCAUGGCCAUUGCCAGCCUCAAUGGCUACCGCCUGGGCGAGCGCGUGCUGCAGGUGUCCUUCAAGACCAGCAAGCAGCACAAGGCUUGAGCAUUUACCGCCCUCCCUCCCCGGGCAGCAGAGAGAGAGAGAGAGAGAGAGAGAGAGAGAGAGAGAGAGAGAGAGAGAGAGAGAGAGAGAGAGAGAGAGGAAAAGAGAGAGAGUGUGCGCAAUCGCGAGAGCAGGCAGACCCAUACACCUGCAUAAACACCAUAGGGUGAGCAUCCGGAGGGGAGGGUCUGCAGGGAAUUGAGGAAGGGUGUCCCCACCCUGCUCUCCUUGCUUUCCCCACCUCAGGCCGGGGCUUGCUCACUCUCUCGUCUUGGUUUGGUUCAUGGUGAUGGCUUUUGUUUCUUUUUUCGGCUAAAAACAAAAAGAAGAAAGCAGAGAGGAGACCCCCCAUCCCACCUCACCCUUACCACCCUGCAUGGGAUGGCUUAGGGGACACAGUGGUGCCCUACCCAGGCCUCCCUUGUCCAGGCCUGUCCUAUACCGAGAGAAGGGGGAGGGAACAGGUUUAAAAAUCCCCAAAAUGGCAAAAACAAAAACAAAAACAAAAACAAAAACAAAAAAACAUGAAAGAGGGGUAUGGGCAUCCCCAUCCCCCGCCCCAGUCCCUGAGCAGAGAACAGGGAGCAGAGUUGGGGCAGAGCAGGAAGCAGAAAAAAAGGGUGGGGUGGGGUGGGAGGGGAAGAAAAACUCUAUUUUUGUAAAAAGGGAAAAAGACCUCGUGGAGAAUUUUUACUGGGGAUUCUUGAACUUGAAAAAAAAUCACAAAAAAAAAAAAAAAAAAAAAAAAAAAAGAAACUAUUUUGGCAAGUUAUGUUUACCAACUACUGGGGCAGGGGUGCAGGGAGCAGGGCUGAGGGCUGAGAGUCCACAGGGCCGGCAUCACAGGUGUACACACACACACACAGGCACACACACGCACAUAAGCAAACAUGGCCACAAGAAAGGAAGGACAUGCACUUGGAUCUUGGGGACACAGAUACACAACACAGAGAUACGGAAACAUUUCAAGAUCCAUUCAGGAAGGAUGGCCAAAUCUACACCAGAGAACAGAGACACACAGACAGACCCUUGGCGCUGCGUAAACAUAGAUACAGACAUUGGCUGCUUGUCCACAUAGCCAUGUGAUGUGUGAGAUCCACUGUGACAGACCCAUUUGGAUGUACAGUCUGGACACCGUCCCCAGGCAUAGCGGGGACGUAGCUCAGUUGGUAGGACACUUGUCUAACUUUCCUGAAGCCUGGGUUUCGCCCCAGCACUGCAUAAACCUGGUGUGGCACACAGACCUCAUUCAUUCUAGUGCUCAAAUGAUAGUCAGAUCAGAUCAAGACUAGCCUUGGCUACAUAGUGAGUUUAAGGUCAGCCUGGGCUACUUAAGACCCUGUCUCAAAAUGCAAAACCAAAUAGGUCACCUAGAAGCAUACAACACCCAGGGACAAAAGCCCAUGUCCAGAGCAUCCUAUAGGCCCAGACAAGGUGUUCGUACUUAAGACCCUGGCCCAGUUACUUCCUCCAGCCAGGCUGGUCCCACCACUUCUCCCUGGGCUCCCAACGAGCCCCAGCCCUGGGUUCUCUACACAAACUCCUUAGCUCACCAGGGGCCUCCCUGCUGCCCAACACACAGACGUACACACACACGGCGUCCAUGCAUCCAAACACACGAUACCUCGUUCUACUUUGGCAUCACCGUGGGCUGGAGGGGGCUCUCACUCCCCACAACACUGAGGCCAAAGGACCCCCCUGUCCCUGGGUCUGGGGAGAGGUCUGCAGUCCUCCUCCCUCAAGUAGGGCCAGAGUGCUCCCUACCUGCAAACAAGCACCCAGCACACUCCAGCAGACCCAGGGGUGGAUGGACCCAAGGUGUCCCCCACCCCGUCCACUUGUCGCCCUCUUUUGAUUGUUGGGUUUUUUUUGUCUUUUCCGGAUUGUGGGGGAAUCAUGGAUGCAGCCUUCGUGAGCCCCGGCCCGGCUUCUGAAUGGAUUUUGCAGCCAUACCCCACACACACCCUGACUUUUCAUUCUUUUAUGCAAGUUCCAACAGAAGCCACAGGCUGGAGCCCUGGGAGCCCCAAACCUUCAACCCACCCCACAGUGGGCCCAGUCACAACCAAGAACCGUGAAGCCCCUACCCCCACUCUACACUCUAGGUUCUAGUUGCUUUCUUCCGGCGUCCUCUGCCUUUGGUGUCUGGCCACGGCCCCAUUUGAGCGUCCAACUCUCUCUCCCCACCCCUCCUGGUGUUGUUCUUAACCGUCUGUGGAGUUUCUGCUGCAAGGAACAAAAAGAAAAAAAAAAAAAAUU